UGCGAAUCAAAAACUAAACCCAGCUUUCUAGAAAUACAAGAGGAGAAGAUUUCGUCAUUGCUGAAGAAAUUUAGCAAUAAUGUCUUCCCUUGCAGCUGCAAGAGCUGAUAAUUUUUACUACCCUCCAGAAUGGUCACCCAAAAAGGGUGGGUUGAACAAGUUCCAUGGUCAACAUGCUUUGCGGGAGCGAGCCAGAAAAUUGGACCAAGGCAUUUUGGUUAUAAGGUUUGAGAUGCCAUACAACAUUUGGUGUGGUGGUUGUGAGUCCAUGAUUGCAAAGGGUGUGCGCUUCAAUGCAGAGAAAAAGCAAGUUGGCAGCUAUUAUUCGACAAAGAUAUGGAGCUUUACAAUGAAAUCUGCAUGCUGCAAACAUGAGAUAGUGAUUCAAACAGAUCCAAAGAAUUGUGAAUAUGUUAUUAUAAGUGGAGCCAGAAAGAAAAUUGAGGAGUUUGAUGUAGAAGAUGCUGAAACCAUGCUCCUCCCAGUUGAUGAAGAACGAAGUAAGUUGGCAGAUCCUUUUUACCGUCUUGAGCACCAGGAAGAGGAUAUAAAGAAGAAGAAGGAAGCUGAGCCGGUGCUAGUGCGCCUUCAACGAGUAUCUGACUCCAGGCACUCUGAUGAUUAUGCUUUAAACAAAUCCCUGCGAGCCAAACUUAGGAACCAAAAGAAAAGAGUAGCUGAAGAAGAGGCAGCUUCGAGGAAGAUGGGGCUUGGCAUUCGAUUGCUUCCUGCCUCUGAAGAUGAUGCUGCUGCUGCUCGAAGUGUUAAAUUUGCUCACAAGUUUGAUAAGAACAGGAAAGAUAAACGAGCACUAAUCAAUGCUGCUUCAAUAUUUUCUGGAUAUUCUGGGUCAUCUUCAUCCAAAAGACGCGUGGAACUUGAAUCCAAGAGGAGAAAAAUAAAUGCAUCCGCGGCAUCAAACUUGUUGGUUGGAGGAUUUAAGCCGUCAUCGUGGUCUAAGUAAUUCAGUAUAAGAUGUGGUCACUUGAUAUCUCUAAAUCUCGACCACCCGUGGAUACGUGCCACCUUUCUGUAAAUAAAGAUAAAGGGCGAAUCUGAAGCUUAUGCGCUUGAGUUCAAUUUUCCUUGUUUGCCGUCUUGUUUGAAUAUCAUUGAUGAAUGCGCAUGCUGACAGUUGGCUUCCUUUCACUUGCCUCCAAAGAAAGUGAAGAUGCCAAGGCCAUUCUCUCCAGAGUUCAGACACAAGCCACAUCAUUGUAUUCUCUUCAUGUCUCGAGCACUAAGUUCGAGGAGGAGAUACGCUCUUGGAGGCCAUGUGUGUGUUUUUCUGAAUGAAAUGGUUGUUGUAAGCUUGUAUCGCAGAAAAGUAAUUAACCAUUACCAUUACCGUCAUUUUAGAGAUCAUUGGACUAUAAGUUGUAGUUCGGAGAUUAAGCGAGACAAGUAGUAAGCAUGACAAUUAUUUGAUACUUCCUGUGUGAUGUGGUUAUCAAUUAACUACUUUGAAAAGGCAGGCGGUCCCGGGUUACUUAUUA